GAAGAGAGGCGGUUCGCAGACUGGAUUUCAUUUAAAGCCGGAUCCGGAUUGUGAAGUGAAUUGCGAAUCCUCUCAUUCGGGAUGUCCUGGAAAGUUCAGCUGGUGCUAUGGAUCGUCCUGGUAACCGUGGUCUCGGCUCUCCAACCCGAGAAAAAUUCAAGCUCCCAGAGCAAUUUCUCCCCCAGAACCUUUUCUGGAACCCAGAUUUGCAAUUUUGUGAAAUGUAACAGCUCACAGCAGAAAAUGUCAAGACAAGGAUUUAACGGAAAUUGCUCCAAGAACUCAAGGAGUUACGAAGCAGUCGAAGUUUCAGAAACAACAAGGCAAUAUCUGACAAGUGUAUGGAUGACGUUAGUUAUCCCCUUUGUUUACACGUUUGUAUUUACUGCAAGCUUGCCUCUUAACUUGCUGGCAAUCCUAAUAUUCCUCUUUAAAAUAGGGUUUAGAAAUCCAACAGUGAUUUACAUGACAAACUUGGCUGUGGCCGAUUUGUUAUUUGUGCUGCUGCUUCCUCCAAAGAUUUCCUACCACUUUUUGGGUAAUGACUGGGAAUUUGGCUCUUUUGUGUGCCGACUGGUUACCGGCAGCUUUUACACAUACAUGUACUGUUCAGUGCUGCUGAUGAUGUGCAUUAGUAUUGACCGAUUUCUUGCUGUGGUUUAUCCAAUCAAAUCCUCCACUUGGAGGACCCAGAGACGGGUGGUAGCACUUUGUCUCAUCAUGUGGCUCCUAGCUAUUUGUGGUGCUAUGCCAUUCUUCUUAGCGGAGCAAGCUGUGUAUGUGAUAGACCUAAAUAUUACAACUUGCCAUGAUGUGUUACCUCUCUCAGUACUGCAAAGAUAUUCUGUCUACUAUGUUCCCUCUUUAUGUAUUGUAUUCUUUGUAAUUCCCCUGACUGUAACGGCAGUCUGUUAUGCAAGCAUUAUCUCAACCCUCCAUUCACAAAGUAUAGUAAACCAGUAUGGCAAGAGACACGCUUUCUUUCUAGCUAUUAUUGUGCUUAGUGUCUUUGUUGUCUGUUUUACACCAACUAAUAUAAUUUUGCUGAUACACUAUCUUCAUUUUUCACAAGGACCAAGUGAUUCCCUGUAUUUUGUCUACAUACUAUGUGUGUGCGUAGGCAGUGUGAGCUGCUGCCUUGAUCCGUUGAUUUAUUAUUACGCUUCAUCAAUGUUCCAGAAACAAUUGCGUCACAUUCUACAUUCAGUCAAAGUUGAAAGCUUUCAAGUAAGAGAGCUGAUGAAUAAAAUGGAGACUUCCACUCCUCAUCCAUGAAUCUGCAGCAUGUUAUUAGGAAAACAUGACAAAUAUAUCUGAGAGUUUGAUUUUGGUAAUCUCAUGAACUAUAACUGACUUCCAGCACUCAGAUGCAGACAACUAAGACCAAAUUAAGUUGUAUUGUUUUGCAUAUUUUUUCACUGUGAAUGUCUGUGCACAAGUAUCACAGUUACAUUUGGCCAAGCCAUCUUACUUGUACUGUGAUUCUCACAGUAUCUAUGCGUCCUUUAAGCCAAUUGGUUUUGCAAUAGAGUGGAAGGUUCCAACCAUAGCAAUUUUAUUUACUGAUGCCUUAAGUACUUUCCUAUAUAAAAACUCGGAGAACAGAAUGAUAUGUAACAGUGAUGACUGUUUCUCUUAUAUGAGAACGUCUCACUAACAGAAAGGCACAGAACUGCAGAUGCUGGAAUCUAGAGCAGAAGUUGAACUGCUGGAGGAACUCAUUUGGUCAGACACGAUCUGUGGAUGGAAAUGGACACUGAAGUCUUGGCUCGAGGCCUUUCAUGUCGACGAUGCUCACGAUUGUACUGUUCCUGCUUUUAUUUUACAAGGGAACUUAAUAAAUCACAUAUUGCCCCAUAAAUCAGAAUCAGGUUUAAUAUCACCGCCAUUUGUUAACUUUCCCGUGACAGUACAAUGUAAUACAUAAUUUAGAAAAAACUGUAUUACAAUAAGUAUAUUAAAUAGUUAAAAUAAAUAAAUAGCACAAGAACAGAAAUGAAAAAGUAGUGAGGUAAUGUUCAUGGGUUCGAUGUCCAUUCAGAAAUCACAUGGCAGGAGGGAAGCUGUCACUGAAUCAUUGAGUGUGUGCCUUCAGGCCUCUGUACCUCCUUCUUGAUGGUAACAAUCAAAAGAGAGUAUGUCCUGUGAAUGUCACAUUUUUGGGGCACCGCUCCUUGAAAAUGACUUGGAUAAUACGGAAGCUAGUGCCCAUGAGAGACAUCUUAUAACUCACUGCAGUUUACUUGGAUUCUGUGCAGUAGCCCCUGAAGGUGUAAUGGAUUACAACUUGUUGAAUGUCCAUAAUUCAUCUGCCAUCUGAGAUGUCUAACACACGAGAGUCAUGUUGACAGUUUUACUAACUGUAAAUGCAGCUGAUUUUUUUUUACAAAGAGAAGCCCUCUCUUUUAUUGGUGUCAGAAGUGGGCAGCUUUUAAGUCAAACUAUCUGACUUUGUAUUUACCGAAUAACAACUGAGAACACCCUUACCCAUUGUACAACAUAUUGUGUAUUUUACACAACUCUCAAUUUACAAUGAAAAACAGAGGAGAGUUUCAGAGUAUGCAUGAAACAGUUAGUACCAGUAAAAGAGUAAAUACAACAAUUCUACAAGACGUCCAUCGCCUUAUGAGAAGAGAAAGUAAACUGUUCAAUAGGAAUGUGAAUGUAAACAUAUUAUUUUAAGAUUGAAUACCUAUUAUUGUUAUGUGUUCAUUAUCAUUUUAAUGUUUUAUUAAAGUGUAAUAAAAUAUUGCCAAAUAUUAUACACUGACAAAGUAUGGCCAUGAAAAUGUAUAUCUUGUGUUACCAUGUCUCAUGUUUUUAAAAAUUUAUGUCCAAUGUAUCAUUGCUUUUUGCCAAAAGUGUGCAAUUUGUUGCACGAGUUGCAUAUUUGACCUAGGCAGUGCAUGGAAUGCAAAACAAUCUGCUCAGAAUUGGGCCUCCCUCUUCGGAACACCUUUAGGAAAGAUCUCAGUUGUUGUAUAAAGGCAUUUUCACAACGUUAAAAAUGAGAGGUAAUUAUAUAAAUAAUUUCUGAACAUCCUUUCAAAGCAUUUCAAACAAAAUACGCAAGAUCUCUCUUCACAAGAAUGAUGCACUCUAAACCUAAUUUAGGCUUAAUGAAGGUGUAACAUUUCUAACUUACAAAUUACUUAGUAACACCUUUGUAUCAAAGGAGGAUUAUUAGAUUUUUGUUAGGCCCACCACAUGUCUAUCAGUCUCUCUCUAGGAAUAGAUCCCAUCCACAUUUUUAGACAUCUUUCUUACUUAUCUCAAGACAGUAUUGUGCCAACCUUCUUGUGUCCCUUAACCUUUGUAAUGUCAUCUCCCUCAGCAAAUAAAACUGACCACAGCAAAUUUCUUACCUUUAGCUAAAAAGAUUGUGAAUUAUAAAUAAGUCCCUGUGAUACCCCCUCCAGAUUGUCUUCGGCUUCCUAGAUUUUUUAAAAAUAUGGUUCCAGAUGAUACGGCCUCCACAGAGCCCUGAUCUUAGCAUCAUCAAGACUGAUGGGGAUUACCUG